UGAAGAUGAAGAACGCUCUUUAAACGGCCAGGGAAGAAAAAAGAGUCGAGAAGGCGCUGGCUGGUCCACCGUCCCUUGAAUCCCUCCAUAAUAAUAAUUCAUAAUAAUAGCUCUCCUUUAUUUGUUAUCACCCCCAUCGCCACAGCAGAGAAGGACUGGCUGGCAGUGAAGCACCAGCGCAGAAGAAAAGCAGGCUUGGUUCUUGUCUUGUUUCUUCUUCUUCUUCUUCUUCUUCUUCUUCUCGUCAUUCUUAUUAUUAUCAUUGUCCAUCACCUUCUUCUUGGUGAGACAGCAGCUGGUUGACUUUGUCCACUCUGUGCUUCAUUACGCAAGUCGUUUCCUUCCGUCUGCAGUCUCUGCUGCCACUCGCUCGAACGUCUUCUAUCUUCUGUCUUCAAGUCCUUCGCUUCUCUAUUACCCCAAUCUACGGAUAAGACGCUCGUUACGGGGGACUCGUCGCCGUCAUGAACGUCAACAAGAAGCUCGGCCGCCUCAAGCAGUGGGCUGGAGAGAGGAUGGGCGGCGAGAUCAAGACCAACGUCUCGGACGACUUCAAGCUGCUCGAGAUGGAGAUGAACCUCAGGCAAGAAGGAAUGGAGCGUCUGAACAAGGCCAUGGCGGCGUAUGUCAGGGCCAUCUCGAAGCGCAGCGAGGGCGAGGACAAGGAGAAGCUCUUCCCAAUUGGAAACUUGGGCGGCGUCAUGGUCGCGCAUGGCGAGGACUUUGCUAGCAACUCCGAGUACGGCCAGUGUCUUACUGCAUUUGGGCGGACAAACGAGCGAAUCUCCAGGAUUCAGGAGCAGUAUGUCGCAGCUGCAACCUCUAGCUGGCUAGAGUCUCUGGAACGGUCUCUCAACCAGCUAAAGGAGUACCAGGUGGCUCGCAAGAAACUGGAGAACCGGCGGCUGGCGUAUGAUACCUCCCAGGCAAAGAUGCAAAAGGCCAAAAAGGAAGAUUUCAGGGUCGAAGAAGAGCUCCGGUCGCAGAAGGUCAAGUACGAAGAGGCAACUGAAGAAGUCCUUCGUCGCAUGAUGGAUAUCAAGGAGUCCGAGCCUGAGUGCACCGCAGACAUGAGCGCCUUUCUCGAUGCACAGUUAAACUACCAUGAAAAAUGCCGCGAGGUUCUCCUCCAGCUCAAGGACGAGUGGCCUGCUGGACCAACGCAGCAGUUCAACUCGUACGGCUGCCGGUCAAUCCUGACCCGCUCCAACACCUCUUUCAACGACCAAAUGGCAGGCGAGGACACGUACCAGUCCUCUUCCCAGCAGUCAGGCACCUCCAGGUCUCGCGAGCCCUCGCGGCCGGGCCUGGGUGGGCGUCAGCCAACCUUCGAGGGUCCAACGCAGCUCCGUACCAGGAGACCGUCUCCCUCCCCUGCGCCAGCCCUACGAACCCCCCUCCGAACCGCGAGUGAUAGCAUCUCUCCGGCCACGAUUGGCAGUAGUGCGGCUGGCAUAGCUAAUGCACGCUCACAGCUGCGUGUUAUAAGCCAGGGGUACAAUGGCGGCGGCGGCACCAAUUAUAAUAACACUCACAACGACGGCUACUACGACUCUACCACGGACGACGGGGCGUCUCCUAUCAGGAACAGUCCAGACCAGUACUAUAGUUCCACCAGCACGUCUCCCUUGCGGACUGUACCGGCGUCAGGCCAAGUUCCCACACCAGCGUCGGGUUCAGGGUCAGGCACCGCGACGCCCGUCAAGAAGCCGCCGCCUCCCCCUCCGCCAUCAAGGUCGAAGAAACCCCCACCACCUCCCCCGCCACCAAAACGCUCCGUCUCUGCUUAUGCGGUGUAAACUCACCGUCUUCUUUCUCUUUUGUCUUUCUUCUCCAUCUUGGACUGGGUCUGGGUGGUCAGGCAGUGUCUUUAUAUCUGGAGUCUGGUGUUAUCUGUCUCUGGCUCUCUGGUCUGGUCUGGUCUCUGGUGCAUGUCUAACUGUAGCUGGCCUAUCCCCAUCCCUCACUAUCACUAUCAGUACUAUCACUGUUACUAUCACUGUUACUCUCUCUCUAUCUCUCUUUCGUCGUAGCUUAUUAGAGUCCGGAACACCAAAAAAAACUGCCCAUCGUCCGUUUUAGGAAACACUUUAAAUUUAAGCUUAUCUGCACAUCGGCAGAGCCUCAUCCUAACCUCCUCCUAACCUCCUCUCUUUUCUCUAUCAUGAUAUCUAGUCUCUCACUCUUCUACUUCCACUCUCUGCUUCACACCUGGCUCUCUGCCUCUGCUCUGCUCUCAUAUAUGCACCCUCCGUCUCCCCCUCCACCUGCCUCCACCAUCACGUGCCUUACUAAGCAUCACGUGGACCACCUAAAACUCUGCCCGUCCGCCCUUCCUUCGCCUUCUUUCUCGCCUCUUCCUGCUUCGCUGCCGUCUUUUUCCCUCCCCUUGCGCUUCGUCUGCCCAUAAGCAAAAAAAAAGAAGGCGACCCGAACCACCGCCGGAUCAAGGAGAAACAUCCAGCGCGCCCUCGCCCUCCACAUCGUCCGCUCCGCUACGCUCCCUGCACCGCGCGACGCCUGCCCUUCCACCCUUCCGCAUUACCCUCUCGCUCGCUCUCUCGCUCUCCCUCCCUUCAGCUGUCUUCUUGCCUGCACGCCCACGCCCAGGCGGCCACGGCCACGGCCACCAACCCUCUCCCAUCUCCGGUCCUCGCCGCAUAGCUAAACCUGCCCAUCUGCUACCGCGCAAGCUAGAAGGCCAAAAACGUAAAAAUAUACAGAACGCCGACGCGACGAUCAGCGAUAACCGCCGUCC